AUGUCAAAAUCCAAAUCCAAUUCACGAGUCAGCCGAGGACCUCCAAAACUUUCAGAAGAUUUCGGAAUCAGACUUCUUGAGAAAGAAUUAGAGCUUGAAAAAGACUGGAGCAUCGAAAUAAUAAACCAACUUGUUCUGAUGUAUACAGAAAUUAUCGAAUACUACGAAUAUUAUAAAGAUCCAAGAUAUCUGGACUUUCAAGACCGCAUGCAUAAAAUGCUUGUAAAACCUCAAGCAAUAACUACGAUGAGAGAGGAGAGCUCCUCUCCUAGCAAAAGGCAAGAUUUGAGUAAAUCGCCUUCACCAACUCGAGAGAGACAGCUUGGAUUGAAAAAGUCACCUUCUCCAGUUAGAGAAAGAACCCCUGAAGCUGAAACUAUCAUUUUUUAUAAAAAUUAAUAUAUUAUUUGCAAGGAAUAAUUCUCUUUAUUUUUUAAAAAUAAUAGGACUGGAUUUUAAUAUAUCUAUUAACUAAUUGAAAAAGAAUAAAAAAGAAAUCAACAUUGUUCAUAAAACACAUAUUCAGUAUGCGAUAAAAGAAGAAGAAGACUCAGGCUCUGAAGCUGAAAACGAAAGUGAAAGCAGCAAAAUUAACCCUGAAGAAGAAAACCAAAACAUUGAAAUUUCCAUUACAAUUAUGCCAGACACUGAGCCAGCUAAGUCAACUCAGAGAAGGCAUACAUUUUCAACUCCACAGCCUAAAAGAUUUGAAAACAGUAUCGAGCAACGUAAAAAGGAGUCAGAAAGAAACAAAAGUUAUUUAUCAGCGCAGCUUAACCAAGCUCUUGCAGAACCUUCUUACAAGCUGUCCAAAAAUUUAGAACGAAUAAUUCACCUCCAUCAAACCAAUGCAAAGGUCAUCGCCCAAAAGUGCUCAUCAGAUUUCAAGUCCCAGGACUCAGAUUUGAACCACAGGCUCAAAUCAAGGAAAAAGGCUAUGCUUGACAAAUCCACCCGAGAUACAAGUAUUUAUGACUCUCCUCUGAAUAAAUCGUGCAUAGACGUUCUUCCUAAUGAAAACUCUCCUCCAGAAUUUAGUUUGCUUAAUCCGAUGUCUGAAGUCAAUUUAUCAUUUAAUCCCAGCUGCGAAGACUCCAAACAUAUCGACAAUUUAGAAAUCCAGCUGGAAGACCUCAUGGAAAAAUCAUUUUCUGAAAAAGCUUCCAAAAUAAACGAAAUUAAGCUUAACUAUGAAGUCCAGAUAAAAGAGCUUGAAGGACAAGGAGGCUUCAUGAACCUUAUUGUUGACCAAAUGAAAGAAAACAUGAAAAAAGAAAUCCAGGAUGUCUCCAAAGAAAUGGACACACAAAGGAAAGAAAAGAUCAAUUUACUGAAGAAAAGUUUUAUGAUGUAA